GUUUCAGAUCUUGCGUUUCACCGAAAACAAGUGUUGCCUUUACUACAUUUACAACUUAUGUCGCCAUCGUGUAUGCAAUGAAUGUUGUUGAAUGCUCAGCACCAGCCGAGUAGCGAAGAACAACCGUGCGCAGAAGAGCAUAAUUGGAAGCGAUGUUUGCUCAAUGCCCAGGGAAUCGCCUCAUUAUUCUCACUUGCUUCAGACAAAUAGCUGGCUGUAUCACUUCAUGGAAUAGUGUGCUGGUUCGUAUUAGAAAGACGGAGUGGGUUUAUGUUCAAGGACGGAGAAAUCUGUGGUCGCAUAACAAGCAUCUUAGCAUGGGACACAUCCAAAAUGAUUCUCUACUUAUGACAGUCACUGAACAUUUUUGCUGUCAACUAUCUGACUGCCCGAAGUAUCGAGGGGAAGUCGCCGUAACUCGUGGUGGUUCUUUGCCACAGCAGACCUUUUGCUUGAUAAUCAAACCCCGUUUCUUCAACAGUGAUUUUUGGAUUGAUUGAAUAAAGAUAACAAUGUGAUGAAUGAUGUAGAUAUUCUCAUGGGCAUUACUUUUGUUCAGAAUAGUCAGAAGAGUUUGCGAU